GCCCUCUGCGAGGAGUUCGCCGGGAGGACCUCGGGCCACCUGGCGGCGCAGAGCGAGGCGUUAGCGAAGCGCCUCGACAACCUGGGGGCGCCGGUGGGUUCACUGGAGGAGCUCCUGAGCAGCGGCGAGAGCCUGCAGCGGCGCUCGCAGGCCAGCAGUGCGCUGACGCGCGCGCUGCUUGCGCUGGAGGCCUUGGUCGAGGCCGGGAAGGACUGCCGGGAGUUCCUGCCCGCGGCCUUGGCGCCGGCGGCGGCCGCUGGAGCGGCGGGGGUAGUGGCCACCAAGGAGCAGCUUCGCCGCAGCUUCGGUGAGCGGCUGCCGCAGAUGGCCAGCUCGGCGCUAGCACCGCCGGCCGGAGGCGGGCUCCUCGCCCACCUCUGCGCCCAUGCUGCCGGCCGCGCGUUGGCCUCGCUCUACGACUUCCGUGCCGCGGCGGACCUGGGUGCCGAGCGCGCCCUGGGCGCGGAGGUGGCGCAGUGGAACCUGGCGCUCUUGGCCACGGCCUCGGAGCUCGUGGAGGUCGGAGACUUCGCCGGCGCGCUGGAGGCGCUCGAGCAGCUCACCGGCGUGUGCCGCGAGUACGCCCGAGCUGCCUGGGGCGGGGAGGCCCGGCGCACGCUGCUGCUGCAGCAGGCCCGCGGGGGCGGCUCCAAGGAGGCUGGGGAGGACACCGCUAUCGGUCCGCAUGUGUACGAGAUGGCGAAGGGCAGUGUGCACGAGGUUUCAGAUCGCAAGCUCUUGGUCGAAUAUUGCAUCGCGUAUGACCUCGGUAUCGCCCGGAUGAAAGCCUGCACCGUUGUAGUGAUGACUGGCCUGUGA